AUGGUGAUGAAGACUAUGAUUACAAUGUUGUUGGCGAUUAUCGUCAGUGGUGAAGUGAGUAUCCCCAAGGAGCCCGAGUUGAUGAUAUGGCCUCUUCCGAAGGCUAUUAUUAUCAACCCGAGAACUACCACUGAUAAUAUGGACCAUCAUCCUGCCACUGUCUACUCCUUCCACUUCGAGUAG